UCUCACAGGCCUGCAAUGGGGACCGUAAACACCGGUGGGCAAAAGAACGUAGCACUUGGGAAUAAGUACUCAACGUUACGCUAUGUUUCAACCACCACUUCCGAUUCUCUCUUUCUUUCUUUCUUUCUUUCUUUCUUUCUUUCUCUCUUUCUUUCUUUCUUUCUUUCUUUCUUUCUUUCUUUCUUUCUUUCUUUCUUUCUUUCUUUCUUUUAUCAGUAUUGUACUGAAAGCAACCUGUUCUUCCUACAUUGUCACCUCCCCCGCAUCAAUCCCACCUUCAAGCAAACCCGCCUUCGAGCAAUUCACUCGCUUUCCCCGCAAAUGUCUUCACACAUGGCUAUUCCUGCUUUAGUCCAACCUGUUAAGGUGAACUUGUUCUCCAAGAUAGUCGCAAACAUCAAGAACCACGCUCGCACAUCACAUUCGAAGAGACUGUCGAAGCUCCGUCCACUCCGUCUUCCCGCCGAGGUCGCUAAGAAGGAGGCCGCCAAGAAGGCGAAGCUCGAGAAGCCCAACGUGUGGCAGCGCGUGAAGAAGGUCCCUGAGACUAUCAAGGAAAAGCUUUCCAAGAAGAGACCCGUCAAGGUCGAUGAUGUCGCAGAGGUCGAAACGCCUUCGCCCGUCAUCGCCGUCGACGAGGCGCUCAAGCAAUUCCAGGUAUCUUCCUCUCUGUUCAAGGAUGAUGACUAUGAGUACCAAGAUGACGACGAGGACGACGACGAGCCGCUCCUCGAGACAGAGCCUCUGCCUAUCUUGAAUUCCACUGCUGGCUGGGACCUGUCAGCCACUUGGAAGACAAAGAUCACCGAGCACGCUUAUCCGACCAUCGAGACGGUCCAAAUUCCAACGAGCCCGCUUUGCGCAGUGAUCGAGCAAUGGGGCGAAUGGAAUGAGGGCACCGACUCGGAGGUGUCUAGCAUCGAUUCCGAGGAACUCCUUACACCUGAAGGGUCUCCCAUCCUAGGCUGCAAUGAGCUUCCAUGUGUUCCGGUGAAGGCGGGCGUUGUUGAGUGCGAGGACACCCCGUACGGCCAGGAUGUCCCUGAGUCCCGGAUGCCAGCCGCUCGCGUGGUGAGGGAACUGGAGUACCGUCAAGCCUCUCCAACGAUCACUUAUGCGCCUCGUUUCAUGCCUAAGUCCACCACUGUGAACAUCUCCUGGGCAUACGGAUGCAAGUUCAGCGUCGAUGCUGCUCCCCUUGUUCGCAAGUCGACCAAUGUUGUCGAGGUCGGCUGUGAGGCCCUCAAGCGUACCACUCGCGGCACUCGCAAGGGCAAGGAGAAUGCGCCUGGUGGACCAGUCCUCGCGCUCUCUCAGUGAACGUUCUCGGAACCGAUCUCUUUCACCGUCAAUCUUCCCCCUUAGCAUGGACCUUCCUAUUCGUUGUUAUUUCGACUCUUCGUUUCAAUUGCAAGUACUUUCUCGACCUCAAAUUCAAGAAACCCACAACGCCACU